ACGAGUAGAGGAAAUUGGAAUACCAUUGAAAAACGUAGCAGAUAGUUGUCACCGUCGUAUUGGCUCUCGUCACCACCUCUCUCUCUCUCUCUCUCCGCCUUCCUCCUCUAUCUUCCCUGUCGCUCUUUCCCCUCUUCGGGCUGAGUGUGAAACCAAGAAAGGGAAAAGAAUCAAUCUAACUCCGACACAAAACAUACUCUUGUUGACUCUCCAUUCCCUUUCACGGUUUCACCGCCCAACGAUCGCAUCCGCCGCUUCUGGCUUCGCCUUCGCUUUGCUCAGCCUUUUCCCGGUUCUCGUUUUCAUCCGUCCUGCCUUCGCUAUGUACGCUUCUAUGAAUUGAGGAAAUGAAUCCCUCGUUUGAAAUCUUGGGCGUAUUUUCUUUCUUUCUUUUCGAUUGACUCGUGAUUUAUGCGGUGCAGGAUCGGUUGGUUAGGCUGAUUUUCUUCCUUUUGACAUUUCUGCCUCCCUUCGGCAAAUUCUUUCUAGGGUUUUGAUGUUCUAGAGUCUUCUUCAACGCCAUCAUCGCAAAGGGGCUUCGACGGAUUUUCGAUCGCGCAGGGUGAGGUUUAGAGCAAGGUCUUCCUCAAGGAUGGACGCUUCCGGUGGUAAUUCGGACGCCCAGAGAGGUGCUUCGAACACUACUAGCAGUAAUGGCCAUUCUAGAAGAUACGGGGUACAUCUUUCAGCGUCAAAUAUAUUCAGAUACCCUGUGUCUAGCUUGUUGGAAUACACUGGCAUCUUAAGGACAAGGUCCGGCCACUCAGAAACAGACAGUUUGGUCAACCACAGAUCUUCCCUUGGGUAUAGGGACAAUUUUCAGCAAAGACCGGAUGAUUCUGGAGCACCCACUGCUCAUCCCGGGUCUGCAGAGGAGGUCACAAUUCGGAUAAUUGGUUCAGGUGAUCAAGAACAUGACCGGGUUGGAAUGGGUUUGACUUCACCCAUUUCUGGGCCAUUGAGGGAGUUAAGUGGGCAAAAUGAGCCAAUUUCAAGGUCUGCUUCUGCUGCUUCUGUAUCAUCUGGUUUUGAGAGUCAGAGCGACUUCAGAAGUGACACAGCAGGAGAGGGAGGCUUCAAUCAUCAAGCUACAAAUGGAAGUGCGGAUACUGGCAAUGCGGAUGGAGGUGGGACCUCCAACAGGGACUCUUCUUACCAAAGAUAUGAUAUUCAACAAGCUGCUAGGUGGAUUGAACAAGUCCUACCUUUCACUUUGCUACUAUUGGUUGUUUUCAUUCGGCAGCACUUGCAAGGUUUUUUCGUAACAAUGUUCCUUGCUGCUGUUAUGUUCAAAUCUAAUGAUAUUGUUCGGAAGCAAACAGCUCUUAAGGGUGAAAGGAAAAUUUCUGUUCUCACUAUAAUUUCUAUCCUGUUCACUGUUCAUGUGGUUGGGUUAUAUUGGUGGUUUCGGCAAGAUGAACUUUUAUACCCAUUGGUGAUGCUUCCACCGAAGGCCAUCCCACCCUUCUGGCAUGCUAUAUUUAUGAUCAUGGCGAAUGACACCUUAGUCCGUCAAGCAUCAAUGGUUCCCAAGUGCUUUCUAUUGAUGUAUUACAAGAACAGCAAGGGAAGGAACUACCGAAAGCAGGGACAAAUGCUCACUUUGGUUGAGUAUCUUGUGCUGCUUUAUCGUGUGCUGCUUCCAGCUCCAGUGUGGUACCGCUUCUUCCUUAACAAGGAAUAUGGAAGCCUCUUUUCAUCAUUAAUGACCGGGUUGUAUUUGACUUUCAAGCUCACUUCUGUUGUUGAAAAGGUCCAAUCGUUUUUCAGUGCUCUGAAGGCUCUUUCGCGCCGAGAGAUCCAUUACGGAGCUUAUGCAACUUCUGAACAAGUGAUUGCAGCAGGGGAUCUGUGUGCUAUAUGCCAGGAAAAGAUGCAUGCCCCAAUCUUGCUUCGCUGUAAACACAUAUUUUGUGAAGACUGUGUCUCUGAAUGGUUUGAAAGGGAAAGGACAUGUCCUUUGUGCAGGGCUUUAGUAAGAUCAGCUGAUCUCAAGUCAUUUGGUGACGGAUCAACCAGUCUGUUUUUCCAGUUGUUCUAAAUCAACAAUUGGCCAAUUAGUCCAUAUACAGGCGUUUCUUCUCUCUGAAGCGUUUCUUCUCUGAAGCGGUUCUGAAGAUUAGAAAAGAAAAGACGCCUACACCCAAAAGAGUUCAUUUUUCUCCUUUGCUGUUAUCGCCAGAAUACAAAAGCAGCAGUGCAUUGGAAAAUGUUGUAACACAAACAAAGUGUAGAAAUUGUUUAUAGCCUUGUAACUGAAGAAGCUCAAUGUUACGAAUUGGUUCACGUAGUCCACUAAGGUGACAAUGUGUUGAACCGCUCAUUUACCUCUAAUCUAAUAUGCAUAGACUACGUAUAUAAAAGAGCUUUGCAAUUUUGUUCUCUUUUUGCCUGAUUUCUCACUGCUGGAAUGUACUUUAUUUUAUAUUCCAUCUAUCUCGCCUUUAUCUUAAUUUUUU